AUAUUGCUCAAAGGGAUAUAAGCUUUCAAAUUCGCUGCAAUCAUUGCCAGCAUUGUGCGGGUGCAGAGGAAAGUGGAACAUAACUACCGACCGACCACUUUGUGGAAUCGGUGUAGACUACUGUCAUGAUUGUGGCACAACUGAUUUUCCAACCUGUAGACACAGGGAAAAUGGAGUGUGUUUUUCAGAAAAAGGUGCUUGGCCUUGGGUAGCAGCAAUUUACAAGAAAACUUCAAACAACCAAGUUUUCCACUGCGAAGGCGCUCUUAUCAGUGACUGCUAUAUUCUGACUGAUGCUCAUUGCGCUAGUGGCUUUAAGCAUGACAAUCUAACGGUCGUCCUCGGCGACACGGAGCGUUAUGUUAAAGAAUACAGCGAGAAAACAUUUGCUGUUGAUAAAAUUCACAUCCAUAGUAGCUAUAAACACGAGAGUGGGAGUUUAGACUAUGAUAUCGCUCUGUUACAAUUGAAAUGCAAUGUGUCUUGUUCUCCAUACGUCCGAAAGUCUGUUUGGCCACCAGAGAGGACUUUGGCUACUACCAAGCAAGAACGAGCUGCAAUGUAGCAGAAUGGGGAGCUAAUGAAAAGAGAGAACUAGGCGCAAAACGUAAUCCUAAAACUACCAGCUUGAAAGAAUUGCAUCUUCCGAUUGCAGACAAAACCGCUUGUUUAGACAGUACAUCGGAUUAUCUCAAGCAUGACAUUACAAACUACACUGUUUGCGCAAGAGACGGCACCGGUAAUAAUGAUGCUUGGGAUAGUGAUUCUGGAGGACCUCUGUUUUGCAAGUGCGAGAAUGAUGAAGAAAUCGGUCCCGACAGCUAUGUCAUUGUGGGAAUAGUCAGCUGGGGAGAAGGAUGUGGACAGCCUGGAAAAUACGGGGUAUUUAUGCACUUGCUCAACUUAAUGGAUUGGGUUCGGACAGUGUUGGAAAUAAACAAAUGCAAGCAAUCGUUCAACGAAGAAAAGAAAGAACAGUGUCGUAACCCUGCAGUUAGCUUGGUUUGACGUUAACAUGCAACAUUUGAGCUAUAUUUCUCCUGAACGUCAAUGUUUGUGUUGUUAAGCUUUAGAGUAACAUUAGUUGGGCAUUUCAAUAUGAUGGCUCCUUAGUAUAUUUUGUGACAAUGAUUGCACAUAAAAUUGCAAGUACAGACAUCAUAACUCUAAUUUUGCU